UUUGCACAUUGAAAUUCAUCGACUUCCCCCCUGCAAAAAGUUUCCAAAUCAAGAAAUAAUAUUGUGCAAUUAGGGUUUUAAACGAGCAAUUAUUUUCAGAUUUGUGUGGAAGAAGGAAGCAGAGAGAGGAUUAAUGGCGGACUUGAGCUUGGGCAUCCUCAUUGAUAUUUUGGAUGACGAAUGGAUGAGGGAUACUCUUCCAGAUGACGAUCUUCCAUUGCCUCCUGUGCUUACUUCCAGGACCGACGAAACUGAAGAAUCAAACCAGGAAACUCCGCAAGUUGAGGCUGACACCUGGCACGAUCUUGCGUUAAGCAACCAAUGAGGUUCCUGAUAAUUAGAAGAUAAAACAUCGCAUUCUAUUCCUUGUAUAUAAUAUGAUGUACCCGUCUUAGUUACGGAAUUAAUUUUCGAGCUCUCGCAUUUAUAUAUUUGCUAAGGAUCCUUUAUAUGUGAACUACAUUUGCUACAUGUACUAUUGACCAAAGAUUGGGUACUAUAAGUUGUUUAUUUUCAGUCUAAUUUGUC